UGCGCGGAAAGGUAACUAACUGGUGUUUACAAAUUUGCGCGCGAGCUAGAAGACGCCAUAUUUUGCGAUGGGAGAUCUUUCAAAAUCAUCCAUUUUAUUCUCCCAUCAACAUCUCUGCUACGCCGAUAUUCUCCCUCCCUCGCAGAUUCGAGCUAGAAUCGAGGUUGCAGUCCUAAAUUUCCUCAGAUCCCUAACUUCUAGCUCCCCUUCAAUCUCCGAUCUUCCUCUGAUUAGUAGAAGUUCGAGUAAUAGCAGAGUGAGUCGAGGACUUUUGAGUGAUGAGUCAUCUAUUUUUCUCUCUCAUUCAUACUGUACGCGUUCGUUAAUGAGGGAGAAUACUGCCAAGUCUUUUGUAAGAGUGUGGAAGGUUAUGGAGAUGUGCUACCAAGUUUUAAAUCAAGAAGGGAAAAAAGUGACCCAAAGAGAACUAUUCUACAAGCUUCUUUGUGAUUCACAAGAGUAUUUCAAAACUCAGUUGCAGGUCAACAGCACAAUCCAAGAUUUGGUAGCAUUGCUUCAGUGUAGUCGCUACAGUCUUGGAAUAAUGGCAUCCAGCAGAGGAGCAGUUUCUGGCCGACUUUUGCUACAGGAGCCAAACCAAGUGUUUGUGGACUGCUCUGCUUGUGGAUCAUCUGGUUAUGGUAUUUCUGGAGACCUGAGCGUGCUGGAAAAAUUAGUUUUGAAGUCGGAUGCCCGGUAUAUCAUUGUAGUUGAAAAGCAUGCUAUAUUUCACCGCCUCACAGAGGAUCGCAUUUUCAAUCAAAUCCCGUGCAUUCUAAUCACUGCAAAGGGGUAUCCUGAUAUUGCCACUAGGUUUCUUCUUCAUAGGAUGAGUAGGGAACUUUUUGGCAUCCCAAUACUGGGUUUGGUGGACUGGAACCCAGCUGGCCUGGCCAUACUGUGUACAUUCAAGUAUGGAAGCAUAGGGAUGGGCCUGGAAGCUUUUCGAUAUGGUUCCAUUUUUGCCUUUUUCAUUAGAUGUGGUGUCAGAACAAUCUGUUCAAUCGGAUAGGAUUUGAUUUGGCUUUCGCCCCAAUCUAACAGCUUGCAAUGUAAAGUGGCUGGGGUUGCGAAAGGAUGACAUAGAGAAACUGGUACCGGAAGAAUCAUUAGUCCCACUGAAGCAGCGAGAUCAUCAGAUAGCAAAAAGCUUGCUAUCGUCAGAGGUUUUGCAGGACAAUUACAAAGAAGAAUUGGCAUCGAUGGUUGAGAAUGAAAGGAGGGCAGAGAUUGAAGCUCUCUACUUCCAUGGUUAUGAUUUCUUGGGAAAGUUUCUUGCAAGGAAAAUUGUGCAGAUGGAUUAUAUUUGAAUUUAUACUUCAGUGUUUUUUUUUUUAACCCGGAAGGCAAACCACCAAAAUCAGUAGGGGUUUUUUACGUCAGUGUAUUACAUUGUUUUGUCAUUUGAUUCUGUCACACUCAAGUAUAAACGUCUUAUUGUAAAAGUAUACCAAAUUAUUUAAAGAGGAUUCAGAUUAGUUACCACAUUGAUAAUGCACACACACACAUGGUUCAGUU